CUAAGAUGAGAUUCUGGGCCAAAGGGAAACAAGGGGAGAAGAAGACUACCCGAGUGAAAGCUGCCACCCAGUCAGAGGUUUCGGGAUUCUUUGCUGGCUCUGAUACGAUUCCAGCUCAUCAGUUUCCAGAUGAAUUAGUUCAGUAUCACCCGACACCUCCUUUGAGCCCAGAAUUGCCUGGUAGUUGCCGGAAGGAGUUUAAAGAGAACAAAGAACCUUCUCCAAAGGCAAAGCGGAAGCGAAGUGUGAAGAUCAGCAAUGUGGCUUUGGAGUCUAUGCACUGGCAAAAUGACUCUGUCCAGAUCAUAGCAAGUGUCAGUGAUUUAAAAAGUAUGGAUGAAUUUCUUCUGAAAAAGAUGAAUGACCUAGAUAAUGACGACAGCAAGAAAGACACAUUAGUGGAUGUUGUAUUUAAAAAAGCCCUGAAAGAAUUUCGGCAGAAUAUCUUCAGCUUUUAUUCAUCUGCCUUAGCGAUAGACGAUGGGAAAAGCAUACGGUAUAAAGACCUCUACGCACUAUUUGAACAGAUUCUGGAAAAGACCAUGAGGCUUGAGCAGCGUGAUUGGAGUGAAUCUCCAGUCAGAGUUUGGGUCAACACUUUUAAAGUGUUUUUAGAUGAAUAUAUGAAUGAAUUCAAGACUUUGGAUUAUAUACCCACAAAGGUACCAAAAACAGAAAGAAAGAAAAGAAGAAAAAAAGAAACAGAUUUAGUGGAAGAGCACAAUGGUCACAUCUUUAAAGCUACCCAGUAUAGCAUCCCUACAUACUGUGAGUACUGUUCUUCUUUGAUAUGGAUAAUGGACCGAGCCUCUGUUUGCAAAUUAUGCAAAUAUGCUUGCCAUAAGAAAUGCUGUCUGAAAACCACAGCCAAGUGCUCUAAAAAGUAUGAUCCGGAGCUGUCAUCUCGACAGUUCGGGGUUGAAUUGUCCCGUUUGACCAGUGAAGAACGAACUGUUCCUUUAGUGGUGGAAAAGCUCAUAAACUACAUUGAAAUGCAUGGACUGUACACAGAAGGUAUUUACCGAAAGUCUGGUUCAACUAAUAAAAUCAAGGAGCUGCGACAGGGUCUGGAUACAGAUGCUGAGAGUGUAAACCUGGAUGACUAUAACAUACAUGUUAUUGCAAGUGUAUUCAAACAGUGGCUUCGUGAUUUGCCCAAUCCACUCAUGACCUUUGAACUCUAUGAGGAAUUUCUUCGAGCUAUGGGCCUUCAGGAGAGGAAAGAAACAAUCCGUGGUGUAUACUCUGUGAUUGACCAGCUCUCCCGAACUCAUCUCAAUACACUGGAACGCCUCAUUUUUCAUCUAGUCAGGAUUGCUCUACAGGAAGAAACUAAUCGAAUGUCUGCUAAUGCUUUGGCGAUUGUAUUUGCCCCCUGCAUUCUUCGAUGCCCUGACACCAUUGACCCACUACAAAGCGUGCAGGACAUCAGUAAGACUACCACCUGUGUGGAGCUGAUUGUUGUAGAACAGAUGAAUAAAUACAAGGCUCGUCUCAAAGACAUCAGUAGCCUGGAAUUUGCUGAGAACAAGGCAAAGAUCAGACUGUCACUGAUUCGUAGAUCAAUGGGAAAGGGGCGACUUCAUCGAGGAAACUAUCCAAGUCCAUCCUCUCCUGUUGUAGUUCGGUUGCCCUCCAUGUCUGACGUCCCAGAAGAGACCUUGACUAGUGAAGCAGCUAUGGAGACUGACAUCACAGAACAACAGCAAGCAGCUAUGCAGCAAGAGGAGAGAGUACUGACUGAGCAGAUUGAGAACCUACAGAAAGAGAAGGAGGAGCUAACGUUUGAGAUGCUUGUACUGGAACCCCGUGCUUCUGAUGAUGAAACGCUUGAGUCUGAGGCCUCCAUUGGGACUGCUGAUAGCUCAGAAAAUUUGAAUAUUGAGUCUGAAGGUGCCAUCUCUGAGAAAUCAGAGAGAAGCUUAGCCCUGAGCUCCCUGAAGGCGUCUGGCAAACCUGAACCUUCAAGCAAGCUACGAAAGCAGCUAAAAAAGCAGCAAGACUCUUUGGAUUCGGUGGACUCUUCAGCCUCUCCUUUAUGUUCGUCUAACACUGCAUCUUCUCAUGGGACCAGAAAACGAUUUCAGAUUUAUUCUAAAUCUCCAUUCUACCGAGCUGCCUCAGCUGGGGAGGCCCUGGGAAUGGAAGGGCCAUUGGGCCAGACCAAAUCCCUGGAAGACAGGCCUCAGUUCAUCAGCAGAGGAACCUUCAACCCUGAAAAGGGCAAACAAAAAUUAAAGAAUGUGAAAAACUCACCUCAGAAAACCAAAGAGACCCCAGAGGGGACAGUUGUGUCUGGCCGCAGGAAAACUGCAGACCCAGACUCCAGCUCCACCCAACAGCUAGCUCUCUUUGGAAACAAUGAGUUUAUGGUCUGAACUGGCAGCUGGGUGCCCCUUCAUGGCUACAGAGUGGUAAACGCAUCUCAUCUUCGGGGCCUCUUCUCAUCCCCUUGUCCACAGCAGUCCAUCCUAACUGUGGUCCUGCCUCUUGCCCACGCAUACAACUGAGGACUUGGGUGCUAAUUUCCUGGGCCUCCGGCAGAAGCAGAAAGGCCUCUUUGAAGCCUGCUGGGGAUGGUGCCGGCUAUGCCUUGGCUGCUGUAUUUGCCUGGAGAGUUCACUAAGUGGAGCCGCUUGGGGCCAGAGGAUUUGGGUCAGGUUGGCGGUCUUCCUACUUGCCUCUCCUCCACCCACUUUUCCUUCCCAGAGGUGGGUGUUGAACUGGCAGGGGGACAUGGUGGGCCUGAGGGAACCACUGAUUUUUGACAUUUGAAGAAAACAUAUAAAUCUUUCUUAACCGUGAAAGCAAAAGCCUUUGGGUUUAUUUUGGGAUAGUUAGGAGCUGGGGUAGAAUAUAAUUUUUUUCCAAGGAUUUGUAAACAAAAAGCCUAAGCCCUCUAUUUUAAGAUUUUUGAGAAAUACUCCAUGUUAUAUUCUGGGGAAAGUAAAAAAGUAAUUGUUUCCAUGAAGCCAUCAGAGCAUGUCUCAGACAUCUGGUUACAUGAAGAAGAGAGAAUGUGUUUUGUUUUUUGAUGAUGUUCAGUGUCAUAAUAAUGCUGGUUUCAUUCCUGGUUAGUUCCUGCCAAAUAUAUUGCAUGGGCUGAAGUUUCAGUUGCCCUGCUGUUCUCAUACUUCCCAGUCCUAGGAUUAGGUUCCUCUGAUUUUUUUUUUUUAAGUGUCUCAGAGACAUGGUGAUCCCUAAACAUGAGGGUCUCAUCCUAAUCCACCCAGGCUUUCUUCUUUGUAUAGAUUAAACUGAAGAUCGCAUAUGAACCUGUUCAUCUUCCACCACAAACUCAGACAAGUAAUGUGACCAUCUAAUCACUUCUCCCAAAACAUUCAUAUACAACACUGCAUGAGUAAGUGUUAACAGAAAGCUGCCAAAAAAGUAAAAAGGUUUUUAAUAUAACGAUCUAACUAUUAUCUUCUUUUC